GAAGAGUGAGCGCAGCAGCAAUCACACUCAGCAACGAUGUCAGCAGAACUGGAGACUUCAGAGGGGGUGGAUGAGUCGGAGAAAAAGAGCUCCGGGGCCUCAGAAAAAGAAAACCACACCAAGAUGGCCGACCUCUCUGAGCUCCUGAAGGAAGGGACCAAGGAAGCACAUGACCGGGCAGAAAACACCCAAUUUGUCAAGGACUUCUUGAAAGGCAACAUCAGGAAGGAACUGUUUAAGCUGGCCACUACUGCACUUUACUUCACAUAUUCAGCCCUCGAGGAGGAAAUGGAGCGCAACAAGGACCACCCAGCCGUUGCCCCCUUGUACUUCCCCAUGGAGCUACACCGGAAGGAGGCACUGACCAAGGACAUGGAGUAUUUCUUUGGUGAGGACUGGGAGGAGAAGGUGCGGUGUUCUGAGGCUGCCCAAAAGUACGUGGAACGGAUCCAUUAGGUGGGGCAGAAUGAGCCAGAGCUACUGGUGGCCCAUGCCUACACCCGCUAUAUGGGGGACCUCUCAGGGGGACAAGUGCUGAAGAAGGUGGCCCAGCGGGCCCUGAAACUUCCCAGCACAGGAGAAGGGACCCAGUUCUAUCUGUUUGAGAAUGUGGACAAUGCACAACAGUUCAAGCAGUUGUACCGGGCCAGAAUGAAUGCCUUGGACCUGAACCUGAAGACCAAAGAGAGGAUUGUGGAGGAGGCCAACAGGGCCUUUGAGUACAACAUGCAGAUAUUCAAUGAACUGGACCAGGCUGGCUCCGUGUUGGCCAGGGAGACCCGGGAGGAUGGGCUCCCCGUGCACGAUGGGAAAGGAGAUGUGCGCAAAUGCCCGUACUAUGCUGCUAAACCAGACAGAGGUGCCCUGGAGGGCAGCAGCUGCCCCUUCCAAACAGCCCUGGCGGUGCUGAGUAAGCCCAGCCUGCAGUUCAUUCUGGCCGCUGGUGUGGCUCUGGUUGCUGGCUUCCUGGCCUGGUACUACAUGUGAAGGAACCAUCAUACCACAUUGGCGCCCUCCUCCCAAGUGACCACUGGCCUGCCCCCACCUCCACCGGUGACUAAGCUACCACCUCAGGUGACUUUUUUUAAAUGCUGGUUUUGAGAA